AUGUCAGUGGAGCAGACUAAGAUGCCAUCUCAAUCUGAGCAGACUGCUGCAACUACUACCAGAUUCAAGGGCGGUGACAUCGUAUGGGCCAAGUACGAGGAGUAUUCCCACUGGCCAGGACGCAUUGCGUCAGAGCACAUAGCAGAGGCGUAUCUCUCCCACAAGGACGUCGACGUAUCAGACAGCUCCUACUGCGUCCUCUUCUACGGCAAGGAGCUCACGUAUGGGCUGGUGGAGGCAGACAUGGUCGAGGACUACAGGGGUGGAUACAGGAGACACAAGGACAACUACGACGACGCAGACUUCAAGGAGGCCAUGCGGAUGGCAGCACUGAAGGAGCAGUUUNGAGGAGUAUUCCCACUGGCCAGGACGCAUUGCGUCAGAGCACAUAGCAGAGGCGUAUCUCUCCCACAAGGACGUCGACGUAUCAGACAGCUCCUACUGCGUCCUCUUCUACGGCAAGGAGCUCACGUAUGGGCUGGUGGAGGCAGACAUGGUCGAGGACUACAGGGGUGGAUACAGGAGACACAAGGACAACUACGACGACGCAGACUUCAAGGAGGCCAUGCGGAUGGCAGCACUGAAGGAGCAGUUUGUGGAUCCACCACUUGA